AUGAACCCUAAUAAUCUUGCUCCAAUCCAUGGUCCAUCAUCAUCAUCGUCAACAACAACAUCAUCGUCGUCACCAUACGGAUUAACGAAGGAAGAGUUCUCAACACUAGACUCUAUCAUCCGAACACACCACACGUUCCCAAGAUCGCCAAACACGUGCACAUCCCUCAUAGCACACCGCGUAGAUGCACCAGCACACGCCAUAUGGAGAUACGUCCGAGACUUCGCCAAUCCAAACAAAUACAAACACUUCAUCAAGAGUUGCACCAUCAGAGGUAACAACGGUAACGAGAUUAAAGUUGGGACCAUAAGAGAAGUCAGCGUCGUGUCUGGUCUCCCAGCGUCGACAAGCGUUGAGAUACUCGAAGCUUUAGAUGAAGCGAAACGGAUCUUGAGUUUUCGUGUUCUUGGAGGAGAACACCGGUUAAAUAAUUACCGGUCGGUUACAUCGGUUAACGAGUUUGUCGUUUUGGAGAAGGAGAAGAAGAAGAGAGUGUAUAGUGUGGUUUUGGAGUCUUACAUUGUUGAUAUACCAAAAGGUAACACGGAGGAGGAUACGAGGAUGUUUGUGGACACUGUCGUUAAAUCGAAUCUACAAAAUCUCGCCGCCGUUUCCACGGCUUCUCCUAUGAAUGACGACGAAACAGCGAUAUGUAGUUAA